AGACAACAAAUCAAAGGAUGGAAAUAAAACUGCAGAAGAUAGUAGCACUACUUCCUCGGAUAAGAAUGGCUUAGCUGUCAGGAUAGAAGAUGUGAGGAGUUUACCAGCUGUCAGUGAUUCUGUGGUAGUCACCAGUGAGACCCUUCCCCGUGAUUGUCACAUUGUUAUGAUGGAUCCCACAGGCCAGGCUGUUACCAAGGCAACGGAGGAGGAGUCUUAUAUAUUGAUAUUGGAUGAGAAUAACAAGAUUCUUGAAGUGCGUACUGGAAAAGUUGAGGAAGAGAGUUACUCCUAUUUAGGCUCUGAUGCUACAGAUACAGUUAAGAAAUUUCGCAAGAAAUCUGCCCUGAGGGUUCGAGAAUCAGAGAGACUGAAGUUUAAGGAUGAGUACAUCGACAAACUGAAAGACGAAAUAAAGGAAUAUCCAGAACUUUCUAUAGAUAGCAGCUUCACUAUAUUCAAGCAAGGUCACAAAAAGAUCCAUGUGUGUGUUCACUGUCGAGAGAGGGUUGGAGGACGUAAGCCUGCAAUGACGCAUCUGAGACAAUUUCACUCCGAGUUUCUACCCUGGGAAUGUCCAGUCUCUGGGUGUAACCAAAGGGAGAGUUUGAGAUGCCUUAUAGAGAGACAUCUAGAGUUGCAUAAGUUUGAAGGUCUCUACAGCUGCCAUUUAUGCCCAGCUAAAUACAAGAUAAAGCAAUCACUGACACGUCACCUGGAAUCCCACAGAAAGAAUAAAAAAGGAGUAAUGCCAAAAAUUUACAAGACAAACUUGUCCAUGUCAGAUCCAGCCAACUUGCUGAAUAAUGGAUAUGAGAUAGUGGACCCUGAUGUCCAGGACAAAACUGAUGCUGAAAGUCAACAAGAAAAUGUUGCUCCAGAUCCGAUUCAGGAAAACACUGCUGCUGAAAUUUACAAAGACCAGGAAAUAACUGUUGAGAAAACUGAUGAUGGUACUAUCACUAGAACUAUUCGAAACCCAGAUAACACUUUUCUUGAAUCCACUGGGAAGCAGGGUAGAUAUGUUGCAAAAAUUACCAAAAGUUUGGAGAACACUAUAGCUGAAAUAACAUGUAACACAAAUCAGAAAAAUACUACAGUUGAUACUACCAAUAUCCAGGACGAUACUAUUACUGAAACUGUUGAAAUUCAGGAUAAUGCUAUUAAACAUUCUGUUGGUAUAACUGCCACAAACCAGAAAAAUGCAGGCUCUUCUACGGAAGCAAUGGUCCAGAAGACAAACCUCAAGAAGGAUAAGGUACCAUACAAUCAAAAAGUUGUGUUGAUGCCAGUUGAUAAGUUCCUAAAGGAUUCAAAGAUAUCCAAGAAGACAGGGGCUUUUGAGAGUGUUACUGAAAAGGAUAAAAUCACAGAAGAACCUGACAAUGAAAUUGAUAAGUUGGGAGUUGAAGAUGCUGCAAACAAUGAUGAUCGGGACAAAGAAGACCCUUCUGGUGCAGGUGACAAUGAUGACAACAAAAAGAUAGGAGAUGAUUCAAGUGAAAAGCACAAACAAACAGUGCUAGUUUCCAAAAAUCCUACACAGAAACAUAUAAUUCUGCUCUCUAAUGAACAACUAAAAUCUAUAGGAGAGGAACCCGUCUCUUCACAUGAACAAAUCAUGCAGGCCUCUAUUGAGAAAGAGACAAACUUAACACAGAAACAGACAGUAGCGCCAUCUAAAGAUAGCUCAAAGUCUACACAUGAAGAAAUGGUUUCAUCCCCUGAAGAGAAUGAUCAGCGUUCUUCCCUCCAACAAACAGAGUCGCUGACCUCUAAUGAGAAGCAAUCAGUAGCCAAAAAUGACACCAUUGAGCAAAUGAACCCAGAGCAUCCAGAUUACCUGUGUACAUCUCAACAGAAGGGUGAAAAUGAUGCAGCAGGCCAUAGUGUCAGUGUGGAUCCUACUACCGUUGCUGAAGCCAUUGGUCAACAAAUAGCAAUUGAAUCUAUAAAUGCAAACAAAUCUUCUGCAAUUGAGAAUCUGGACGAAGUACUGGCAAAAGUCACAAAGACAGUGAUGCUCAAACUCAAAGACCAUGCAGUCCCAGCAUACGAAUGUAAUGCAUGUGCGACUAUCAUCAGCGGAAGGUCGGCCAUGUUUAACCACAUGAUGACGUCACACAAAGAUCUGAAAAUUUGGAGUUGUCACAAAUGUUCCUACUCGACCAAUUCUCGUUCCAAUCUCUAUUCACAUGAAAAGCAUAGACACACAGAUGGCGCAAAGUAUAAAUGUAACAGAUGUGGUGCAGGUUUCCACUUUCCUUAUAAGUUGAGGGUCCAUAAGUCUCACUGUGGAGUGACUGGAAACAACUACUGCUGUCAGAUAUGUGGUAAAGAGUUUCGUCAUCCGGAGACUUAUAGCUCACAUUUACGGGGACACUGCAAAGUCCAGAGACCACAAGAUACACGAAAAUGUGAGGUCUGCAACAAAGUGCUGAUGAAGUCGAACUACCAAAGGCACAUUGAGAGCCAUAUAGAGGGGAAACAAUUCAAUUGUUUGAUUUGUUCCAAGUCGUACAAAAACCCCAGCGGGUUACGGGAACAUCAGGUGUCUCAUAAAAUCAUGAUGCAUUGCGCCAUCUGUAAUAAAAAUUUCACAUCAGCUGCGUGGUUUAGAUCGCAUCGACGCUUCCAUCAAGUCUCAGGGUACCAGUGUCAAGUCUGUCGCAAGGUUUUCUCGUCCAAUGGCAACCUAAAGCAACACACUGCGGCAGUUCAUACCAACAUCAACAGCAUGCCAUUUAAAUGUAAAUUCUGUUUUAAACGAUUUGCUGUCAAAAAAUACCUCCUUAAUCAUAUGGGAACGACCCACAAGACGAAACGUCCCUACCAGUGCGACCUCUGUCCGCAGAGCUUCAGCUAUCCCAGUGGCUUGAAUCUGCACAGGAUGAGACACGAUCGUCAGUUUACUAAGAAAUUGUUCCACUGCGAUCAUUGCUCAAGGGGGUUCCGGACAAUUGAAGCUUUGUCACACCAUAUAAGGAUUACACAUGGAGAUGGCAAGAGUUCAUUCCAGUUUUCCUGUGGCCAUUGUGGAAAACUGUAUAAGUCAAAGGCUGGAAUUUAUAAACACUCGUCAAUCUUUCACCCUAAUAAGGAAGUUACGAUAAAGUGCAGCGACACUGGAGAGCCGUUUGAGAAUGUCUUCAUGUGUGAACAUUGCAUGGAAGCCUUCACGUCGCAGGACUACUUAGCUGUACAUAUUCUAGCCCAGCAUCUACCAGAGGAUAUAGCAAGCCAUGGAGAUGGUGAUGUUAAGAUAAUGCUCACUGAAAACUCCCAGUCUACAGCUAUGGGAAAGCUGGUCAUGGAAGAUGUUGGCACUGAGAAUGAUGGUGAUAAGACCGAGAGUACAGUAAUAAAGAAUGUAGGGAAGACCAGCAGAUUUGCUCCAACAUCUCCCACCAUGCCUAAUAUCAUUGAGCUUGCUUCAGAGGGUUACAAUGUUGUUCUUGUGGAUGACAAUGCAGCAGGGUCGUCUGGGGAACAAUCAGAGGUUGCCGUGACAACAACACAAGAAGUUCUUCCAACCAAUGUUGAGGUGGAACAGGUCACAGAAGAUAAUCAGGUUCUCUACUAUGCUAUGCAAGAUGAACUUCCACACACUGGCCAGAUUAGUGUUGAACUGGUGCAGACACCGACACUCUCUGAUGAUACAAUAUCAGACUGUGUCUCAAUGACACAUGACACACAUUCAGGGAGUGUCACCCUGACAAAUGAGGCAAAUUCAGAAAAUGUCUCAAAGGAAUCAGAAACUGUUUUUAUUGAAGUACAUGAAGAUAUUGAAGGAGCAGAGACUGUCUCAAAUGCACCACAAACUGUUAUUAUUGAUAGUGAAAAAAUUACAAAUGAUUCAGAAAGUUUCCUGAUUAUGAAUGAAUCAAUAAGAGCCUCAGAUGAGAAAGAAAGUGUCCAGAAUAAUUCAGAAAGUGUCUUUAUGGAAAUUGAUUGUAUCCAAGAAGGUACAGAGCAUGUUUCAAAUGAAACAAAUGUGUCCCAAGUUAUAGAUGUGUCAAAUCAAACAGAUGAGUGGCAGGUUUCAGAUGUGGCAAAUGAGACAGAGGUGUCGCAGGUACUGAAUAAACCGAAUAUAAGUGCCACAGUAACACCUCCAACAAGUAACUUGUGGACCAUUGACAUCAUGAAUCCUCCAACUACAACCAUUGACAUUGUGAAGCCACCUCCUACAACCAUUGA